AUGGCAGCUGCCCCGCUAGAGAGCUCUAGCCCCCCGCCUGACGCUACGCCGUCCGAUUCGACGCGUUCCCCCGGCGAUUCCAUGGAAGAAAUAGAUCCCCAGUCGACUCGGAAACGUCCUCGUCUUGACAGUGGAAGCGGUGCUUGUGAAUCUUGGUCCACCCCGAACGAGACUUCCCCCCAGGUCUCCCAACCAAUACCGGAUGCUCCUGCCGUCGCGGAUCAGGAGGCUCCUGUGUCCAAUCGUCCGGCGAGUAGAAUGACUAUCAACAUGAAGUCCCCUAGCACUAUCGACCGCAUGGCUUCUGCCCCUCCGGAAGAGUCCCUGGCUGAGCAGCCCGACCCCGGCCCCGAACCCUCCGUAUUAUCGACCGGUGAAAGAGGGACAAAUGCGUCGAAUGCGGUGUCGUUGUCAUCGUCGCCUGCCCAGAGCCCCGAGAUUGAAGUAGCCGAGUUGGAGGAUAUGGAUCAGGAUCCUAGCACUACCAGCUGGAAGUCCCUGGGGAGUGCGUUGCAGGACCCUUUGACACCAGAUGUAGUGCAGCUUCAUGAACCGCUCUCUUUGACGGAGGCCUUCCCUAAGCUUCGUCCGAACCAGGAACUACGCGAAAAUUUGGAGGAAAUAUGUACGAUUAUUGAGAAAGGACUUGAGCAUGAUACCACGGUGCUUCUCGCGGUGAAGCAUUGGCUUGACGAUGUGGUCAAUGGGUUGGACCAGUUGACUCACGAAACGUUUUUGGAGGACCGCGAAUUCUGGGACGAGCUCCCGAUUUUGGUGGAGUACUUGCUUCGUAGAGUUGAAGAGUUUCACCCGGAUGAUAGUGAAGGCUUUUGGAGAUGUCUAGAAGAGUUUUUCCUCGACUUUGCCCGACUUGCUCUUCAUCUGAUUCAGUUGGAUACCUUGCUUUUCAGUCAGUUCGUGGAAGAACCUGAAUUGCAAGUAACGGAUCUGAUCUCUCGACCGUAUAUCUCAUCGCUAGGAUGGUUUGUCCAAGUCGGUGGCAUUCCAUUCUUCCGUACGAUGCACAGAAAAUUCGGCCCUGAGAUUCCGAGCAUGGUCGCCCGGAUAUGUGAUCGAAUUAUAGCUCCCCCGUUGAAUUCCGUCCAACAACUCUCGGAGUACACCUCCUGCAUCCUAGCCCUUAUCACUCGAUGCCCUCAGCUUGCGUCUCUCUUGGCUCUCGUCUUGACUGUUACCCAAAAUCUGGCAGAGUCGGGUGCCGAGCGGAAAAAAUUGGACAUAGAUCACGAUCUCGUCGAUUCUGCCGCAUAUGAGCAUGCCAUGGAAAGAGUCCACGAUCUUAUCAGAACGGUGGAUAAGCAGUACCAGGCUCAUAUCACGAAAAAGUCCCCUUGGGUGACGAGCGAUAUUAGUGACUCCAUAAUCCGCCCUCUCUCGUACGUCUAUCUAGCUUUGUGCCAUAAAAGCCCAGACAUUGCGUGGGAGAUUGCCAAUGAUCUGUCAAUACCCGUUCCUGGAGACGUACCCCCGGAGGACCUGCCGUUUAUAGUCUUAUACGGCUGGAAGUUUGGCGUCCUAAAAAAGCACAUUAUGGAAGGUCGCAUGGAGCUUCGAGUUCAUGGGAUUGAGGCGAUGCAGCAAGAUUUCGUCAGCGUAUGGAGGCAGUAUAUCCAUAGCAGCCCGGUGGGAGUCGACAAUGUUGUGGUUCAAUUUCUGGUCAAGUUUCUGAGGGAGAAUAAGAUUGUUGAGUACAUUGUGGGUGUCGAGUCUCACCCCCAGUUGAUCAGCAGGAGUAGCAACAUCGUUGGCUUUUUGGUUGUCACCGGUACAUACACUGAUGGCGAUACCGACACCAUUUGGAGGGCGGUUACCGAGAGCCCAGAUCCUCGAACCGUGUCUGAAGUGCUGGCUAUGCUCGUAAAGACAUUCCAUAUGCACGUUCCCUCUUCACCUGCGCUGAUUUAUUUGUGUUCGAAACUGGUGGAUCUUCCGUUGGCUCGGUUUGAUGCCCGGGUGGUUGACUUUUGCGAACAACUUCUCCACUAUAUUCGUGAAAAAUACCAUGAUCGACACCGCCAUGAAAUAUUGGAUAUGGCCCACGUUGAUGUUAUCCCACUGCGUCUAUGUGUACGGCUCAUUCGCGAGAGCGCCGCCGCCGAGGACCUUCCCCUGGAACACAAGGCUCUCCUCCAGAAGUUUGCCAGUUCCCAGCUGAGUUCGUUUAUGGAUGUAGGACUCAGUGAUAUGGAUAAGAUGGAGACAUACGAGAGAUGCGUCCAGGAUAUUUCUGAAAUGAAUCAGUUUACCGUGGGCAGCAUUCAGGCCUUAAAUGCUCUCCUCCCCAACCAUGACUCCCAAGAAAUCCGAAAGCUUGCCAUGGAUUUCAAUCUAACAUUCCUAGUGAUCUCUGAGAUGGCACAUGUGGUGGAUAACAACCAGACAGAUUUCACGGAUACAUUCUUGCGGAAUGGUUUCCUGUCUCGAGUUCAAAUGCUCGCCCGCCUUAUUGAUGGAGUCCCGGAUUCCAUCACGGACGAGCUUGGUACAAUCUUGUGGCAACAAAUUUUCAUGUCAAAGUCUCUCGUUCAACAAGGCAGAAGAGCUCUCUGGGAUAUGCUCUGUGGGCUCACCCGACACAGUACCAAGGAGAAUCCAUUCAUCGAUCAUUGCAUCCGGGACUAUUUUCCGAAACUCUCACCCGCGGAAGACUAUUUCCCUGAGGUGCUCGCCUUUGCUAAACAGACGAUUGGAUAUGAAAUUCGAUUUAAUCCUCCACCGACUGCCGACGAAAAUGAGGUGCUAUCGGUCCCGGGAAUGGACCGAAUAUGGAAUUUAAUCUUGACUGCCCCCGUUGGUUCAAUCGAGGCCGAUGCAACUGUGUUUGCCAUAGAGGUUUACCUUGACCAUAACAUUAUCCACCGCUCUCCUCGGUCAGCUGUCGAGGCUACUCACAUGGCUUUGGUCGAUCGCUGUGUGGAUCAACUAAAGUCUGCCGCAUCCAAAUUGAAAUCAUAUUCACAUGAAACUACUAGUGAUGCUGGAGAGUCGAUGGUGGUUGAAGCUUCAGAAGAUGAAGUCCGGACUGAAGAACUGAGGUUUAGCCGGUCUUUGGUUUUCCUUCGACAAUUCUUGCAGGGUUUACGUACCCGUCCUCGAUAUAGCCCACCACAGAAUUCCCCACCCGAGCUACCGACCCGGCCGCUGAAAGGCGAACCGAUUAAUAUCAGAUAUCAAGCGUUUGAUGGGGGCUCGCAUUCGAAAGUUCGCUCGUUGCAAAUUGGAGAUCUCUCGACCGCAUCCGAGUUCGUGGAGACUCUUGUUAAAGUCACGGGAUUUUCCAAGCUUAAGACGAUAUACGGCGGACGCGGAGUCGACCUUCUUGAGAAGGGUAGCCAGACGCUUCGAGAAUUAAAGCUUGGUUCAGGCUUAUUGAUUGUUCGCAGAGAUCCAAAUAGCCGCGAGGUAGCUGAAUGGAAACGACAGUCCCUUACUUCUGUGGACGCCGAGGUAUUGAAGCAUUUUGAUGAUCUUUAUGAUCUUCUCGGCCUCGACGAUCACCUAGCCCGAGAGAUAUAUGACUUUCUCGUUGUUUUUCCGCCCCAGGAAAAGGUUCUACACUUGGUCAAGUCGAUCGAUAAGACUGAGCAGGACAUGUUCCCUCUGGCCAAACCAUAUAGUUUUCUUUACUCGGUCAAUGCCCUUUCCAAAUGCCUUCAGGAAGAAGCCCUCGAGCCAUCUUUCAACGAAGCCUUCGUUUCUCAUAGUGUUCGAGUUCUAGUUGCUGCUCUGACCCGACCCGAAAUGUCCGAGUCUUUAGCAGAUUCCCCGACAAAGAUCUCAUUCGCUAUGAGUCUCGUUGAAUGUCUCCUUUAUGCAUUGAUGGUGAAACCACCCGUGGCAGAAGAGUCGCCGUUAAUUCCGGAUUCCACCAAACUAGUUUCUCAGUUAUCGUAUUUGGUAGAAGUUGGGAGAAACCUCCCCGCUUCCCAGUUUCCCGAGGUCAACCUUCAUAAACUGAUCUGCUAUUCGUUUGCCGUCUUCAUUGAAGGGUCUGUUCGAGAUCCGGGCUUUUGGGCCGCCAUAAAGGAGCAAGUGCCAUUCGCUCAAUUCAUUUUCUCUCUCCUUCUCGAAGAGAGCCGCCAACCCAUUCGAAAAGGAAUAUCGGAUAAUAUAGCUAUUGUCUGUAGUCCGUCGAAAAUAUUCAAAAAGCCUAGCAAAUUUGUUUCGUCCGAAUCGCAAGAAACUAGAGAAGCAGCGAUUUCUGAAAACCCCGCCAGAGUUGAUAUUCUUGCCACAAUAUGGGAUGCCUUUGUCCUUACUUUCCCACGAGCUCUAGAGUUUGCCACUCAAUCGCAGGAGUUCUUUGAAAUUGCCCACUCUGUGUUUUCAUCCGUCGCAGAGAAGUCGCCCCGGGAUCUCAUAUUUAGCGAGUAUCUCAAACAAUGGAGUGGAAUUAUGUUAAGCCACCGAACGACCGAGUUUGUGGGCAGGGAGCCUGUUGAUCACCUUAUCUUCGGCUUCUCUCGUCUUCUAAAGGCUUGUUUGGAUAUCGCGACAUCUUCCAAAAUUACUGUUGAUACCUUUGACCUCGCCGAAAGCCUUUUUGAUACCUACCUUUUUCCAGACCUUUCUAUGCCUUCUUCAGAGGUUCUCGUUCCCCAAACACCUGUUAUGCAUACCCAAACACGGCAAGAGCUUUACGCAAUACUUGGAUUACUCUCAAGACAUGAUGAAAACUACUCCCAGCUCAUAGAGCGUCUAGAGGAUAUCAUCCCCCAAGAUUAUACAUACUCGCCCGCCUGGUGUUUUGAUCGCCAAAAAAUGAUACGCUCAUCAGAAGGUUACGCUGGACUGAAAAACUUGUCGAAUACAUGUUACAUGAACUCGCUACUUAGCCAGUUGUUUAUGAAUGUUGGAUUUCGGGAUUUUAUGCUCCGUCUUGAUCUCACGGAUUCCACCGCAUCCCAGAAACUGCUUGAUGAAACCAAGAAGGUCUUUGGGCAUAUGCAAGAAUCGUGGCUUAAGAGCGUGGAUCCGCAAGCAUUCGUUGACACUAUUCGCACAUAUGAUAACGAGCCAGUUGAUGUCACUAUCCAAAUGGAUGUCGAUGAAUUUUACAACCUACUUUUUGACAGGUGGGAGGCUCAAAUAUCAAAUCCCGAGGAUAAGAAAAAGUUCAGGUCCUUCUACGGCGGCCAGUUAGUCCAGCAAAUUAAAUCCAAAGAAUGUCCGCAUAUUUCUGAACGCCUGGAACCUUUCUCUGCGAUCCAAUGUGACAUCAAGGGCAAGGCAGACCUUGAGGAAAGCCUGCAAGCUUAUGUUGAAGGGGAGAUAAUGCAAGGAGAUAAUAAAUAUUCAUGCACGUCAUGUGGGCGCCAUGUUGACGCUGUGAAGAGAGCUUGCCUCAAAGAUGUCCCUGAUAACCUCAUCUUUCAUCUCAAGCGUUUCGACUUUGACAUGGUUACUAUGAUGCGAAGCAAAAUCAACGACGAGUUCCAAUUCCCUGAUCGUAUUGAUAUGAUGCCGUUCACAGUCGAGCACCUUUCAGACCAGAACUGUGACAAUAAAGACGAUGUUUUUGAGCUAGUUGGAGUGCUAGUUCAUAGUGGAACCGCCGAGUCUGGCCAUUAUUACUCUUAUAUUCGUGAACGACCUACCAUGAAUGGAAGAGGGUCGUGGGUGGAAUUCAAUGACUCCGAUGUCAGCCGGUUUGAUCCGUCUCGAAUUGCCGAGCAGUGCUUUGGCGGCUAUAGCGAGUCUCUGCAUUCCUCCUCUGUGGGCCAAGUCCGCUUCAACAAAGUGUGGAAUGCGUACAUGCUAUUUUAUCAACGGAUCUCGAGCAUGGAUUCUGCGAAAUCAAUUUACCAGCCAACGAAGAACCAAUAUCCGGUGCACGUUCCACUACCAGUGCGUCUUGCCAAUCAUAUUGCAAUGGAUAACGAGAUAUUUGUCCGGACCUAUUGCCUCUUAGACCCAUACUAUACCCUCUUCGUUCGAUAUCUUCUCACUCAGUUUAAUGAGACCAAGAUGGCAGAAAGCUCAGAGGGGAGCAAGCUGGAUAAGUCAGUCAUUUCGAUUGCGCUAGAUACCCUGGAACAAUUGGUUUCGAGGACCAGGGAGCCUGCAGGACUUGAUGGAUUCCUCGCGGAAAUCCUCAGGGUCAUCAAGGAGAUUCCCAAAGGCUCAUCCCGAGUUCUCCAGUGGAUUAGGGAAAAACCUUGUGGAAUCCGUAACCUUGUUCUGAAGAGUCCCCAUGCAUCUAUGAGGAAUGGUUCCCUCAGGCUAUUUGUAAGCGCCCUUUCUAGACUGCGGGAUUAUUACAAUACGGCAGAGGAUGGGAGUCUUGAGAAGGAAAAAUGGCAUACGCGGUACCUAGAUGGGCUGGAAAAUACUGUCGCCACAGUUGAAGGUUUAUGGCAAACCCUUCACACCUUUAGCCGAUCAUGGGAUGACUACUUUGAAUUCCUAUUAUUGCUUGCCAGCUUUGGUGGCCAGGAAGUUGGGGUAAUUCUGAACAAUAAUUUCCUCCUCAAAUGCCUCGAAAUUGUGUGGAUCGAUCAGGAGGAUAGCAAGAGGCUAAAGAAACAAUACUUCGCCUACUUCAAGCUUCUGGAGAAAGGUAGAAAGUAUUCACACCGGAAGCUUAUGGACCUCUUGUCAGCCCUGCUUGCAAAAAUCGAUCUUACGGUACCGCCCCUUCCGGACGAUGAACGGGAACAGCUUCCAAAUGGAAAGUUCUCCCUCACAGUCACGGAAAGCGAUUUCAUUCGGACCCUCGGGAGAGAUAAGGAAUUGAUCUUUUUGAAAAAGAUUCUACAGCAGCAUAGUAGUCCUCAGGCAUGUAGGACUAUUACUAGUUUCUUGAUAGAUGCAGAUUCCGAUGCCGGGCUUACGUCGCCAAUAUGCAAAGUAUUGGAAGAUGGACUUCGCGUUGCUCCUGCUGAACUUUGUGCUCCAUUUCUGGAGGCAACCUUGAUUUUUUGCCGGAGGAGCUCCGAGGAGGAUAAGAUAAUUGCCAUGAUCGACUAUGUUACGAAAGGAGUGGAAACAAUCGGCAACAGCGGAGGCAAAGAACAUCUUGCAUUUUUCACAAACCUCAUGUCCAGCCGUAAUGAACGCCUGGGUCUCAGUGAUGGGUGGUUUUUGCUUCGCGUGACAAUUAGGAUCCCGGAUUGGGUCCCAACGCUCCUCAUUUUCCCUGAUAGAGCAGUCCGGAACAUGACAAUGGAAGUUUUGCGCCGUAUCCUGUUUAGCGGAGAGGCGGCAGCUUUGGACGAUGACUGGCAGGCACGUCAUACUGAUAUCGCCAAAGAGCUGGUGUUUGCAAGUAUCGAAAAGCUACGCAAAACAUAUCUCACAGUUCCGGGAUGUAAUGUCGAAGCUAGAGCCGUGGAAGCAAUCCGCACUGUAGUCGACCAUUGUUUGGUCACAUACUUUGAUGACAGCGAAGAAGAUCAAAAAAUUGUCCAUCAGACACAAGCCGUCAUCACAGCCAUUGAGGAGUUGGCGGUUGAAUUGCCAGAAGAACUCGCAUCCGAAUCUGAUGUACCUUCUCCAGAGGAAUGGGAAGAUAACUCAAUGAUGGCUAGCGACUCCGAAAUGGGGCUGGCGGGAUCCCCUUGA